AUUGGACGUCUAUGAUUAGCCAUGACACGUGUCUAUCACACCAAACCUCGCUCGGUAAUACAAUUUCAGCCAAAGGACUUAUCGCUUUUCUGACAAGUUUUUACAAAUAGCCAAUUAAUACCGGAGGGACAGUGAAUAUCUACCUCGGCUAGACUAUGUGUUAUUGAUAAUGGUAUGUUGUUAAGUGGUUUUUAGGUAGCAGACGUGUGUUGAAAUGGGUCGGUUCCUUAACGUGCUCCGCAGCUGGCUCGUAAUUGUGUCAGUGAUUGCCGUGGGAAAUUCAGUCCAGAGUUUUAAGGAUCACACCUUCCUCUCGGAGAAAGUAUACACCGGAAGGCCAGAGUUUGUAAAUGGUCUUCAAGCUCGAACCUUUGGAAUCUGGAUCCUGCUCUCCUCUGUCAUUCGAUGUGCCUGUGCAAUAGACAUACAGAACAAAACAUUGUACCACAUCACACUGGGCUCCUUUGUUCUGGCGCUUGGUCAUUUCCUGUCCGAGGCAUUUAUUUACAAAACUGCUCCACUGACAAUUGGUGUUAUGGCCCCUCUAAUUGUAGCAAGUGUUUCUAUCGUUGGGAUGCUGAUUGGUUUUCAGUGUGUGGCAGAGCCGGAGGAAGUGAUGAGAGCCCGCCAGAAAAAAAGAAACUGAAUGGACAGGGGAUGGACAGGAGGUUCAGGAAAAAAUGUAAUUACUGCACACAUCUUA